GAAAAUGUCUGAAGUUCCUGGAGUCAUUGCUAACGCUGACAUUGAACCAAAAUCUAUACAUCGUGCCAAGAAAUGGUCGGGUGAUGUAGAGAACUUAUACAGAUUCCAGCAAGCUGGAUACAGAGAUGAGAUUGAGUAUAAACAAGUGAAACAAGUAGAUACGGUAGAGUACUGGCCAGAAACUGGAUUUGUUAAGAAACUUCAGAGAAGGGACAAUACAUUCUAUUACUACAAUAAGCAAAGAGAAUGCGAAGACAAAGAAGUCAACAAAGUGAAAGUUUAUGUGUAUUAGUUUUGGGUUUGUUCUGAUUUGCUUGUAGUUUUUGUGAUAAAUCUGCUUGUUAGAAUCAGAAAGUGAAUGAGAUUAAACAAUCUGAUUUACCUGAA